AUGUCGAUGAGGAGGAAGACGGAGCUAAACGCAGAGGGCUUCACCGUAAAGGCCACUUUGAAGAACGCAGUGGUGGUGGGUCCCAGAGCUUCCAGGGUUUUUCAUGAGUGCCCUGCCAAACCAAGCACAUUCCGCAAAUACUACGAGCGUGGAGAGCUUCCGAUUGCAGUGAAACAUGAAAACCGAGGGAACAGUAUUGCAUGGAAGGUGGACGUCGAGACACUGGACUACCACCACUACCUCCCACUGUUCUUUGACGGUUUAACUGAGACUGCUUUUCCGUAUGAGCUCUUCGCCCGCCAGGGAAUCCAUGACAUGCUGGACCGCGGAGGCCCCAAGAUCCUGCCUGUCAUCCCCCAGCUCAUCAUGCCCAUCAGGAAUGCCCUGAACACAAGGAACCAUCAGGUGAUGUGCACCACCAUGAAAGUCCUGCAGCACCUGGUGAUGUCUGCAGACAAGGUGGGAGAAGCUCUGGUGCCCUACUUCAGGCAGAUCCUCACCGUUUUUAACCUCUUCAAGAACAAGAGAAAAAAUCUCGGAGAUGGCAUCGACUACGGCCAGUGGAAGAAAGAGGACAUUGGCGAACUGAUCGACGAGACUCUCCAGAUCUUUGAGCGCUACGGAGGACCAGACGCCUAUAUAAACAUCAAAUACAUGAUCCCCACCUAUCAGUCCUGCCUGACGAACUAAGGAGGGAGGAGUGGGCUGUCAGCCAUGUCCACGUCUUUAAGAUUUAA